UCUCAAUGAACUUAACACGUGUUUACCUACUCUGUACAGAAAAAUAGUUAAAACUCUCAUUAAAGCAGGAAACAUGAUAGUGGCUCUGCUGAAUGAGAUCCGAGAUGUGAACGUGGAGGAGGAGACCGUGCGAUACUUUGGGAAGGGUUACAUGGUUGUGCUACGAUUCGUCACUGGAUUUUCACACCCGCUGACUCAGAGUGCGGUGUUGGGCUGUAGAAGUGAUGUGGAAGCAGUUGCCAAACUCAUUACUAGUUUUCUGGAACUGGACAGAGUAGAGAGCCAUCAAGAUCUCUCUCAGAGCAGCGAAACAGAGGCUAGUGAUGCUGAUGAACCACAGGAUAAAUAUUAA